ACGCAAAGCUGAAGACCGUGGGGAGUUUUGUAACACCAUUACAUACAAAAAGUAAUAGAAUAUUACUGAAAUGAACAUUUGAACAUCCAUGGCAUUCCAGAUAACAUUUCCAAUUCCAAUUCCAAUUCAGCCAGUACUUAGAAAAACAGACCCUCUAAUAAAAUGCAUCAUAGACAACAAGGCAGACAAACUUCGCAAAAUAAUAAGAGGCAGAGAUAUUAAUGGAUUGUACCCUUCUGAAGACUGGAAAGAUGAUGUUACUCCAUUAUCUGCAGCAGUUUUUUGCAGAAAUGAAGAAAUCUGCUCUUAUCUACUUGGAGAGUCAGCUGAUCCAAACAAACCCUCAACAAAUGGACGAACACCUUUAGAUUAUGCAGCAUUUACAACUGGAGUUUCACUGAGUAUUGUGAAAAGAUUACUUGCAGCAAAAGCUGAUCCAGACGGACUUCAAUUGUUUACUCCAUUGCAAUGUGCUGUUGAUCGUGACCGUGAAGACAUUGUGAAAGCACUUAUAGAGGCUGGAGCUUCACCUGAAAGGAACUAUAGGGUGAAUCCAGAGCUUGAUAAAAAAGUGGAGAGAAUGAUUAGUCGAUUGUCUUCACAGAGUCAAGUGUUUGAGAAAGUACAUCAGUUUUUCUCUCUUUCUUGUGCUGUAGGAAUGAAGAAUGAGAUAGAAGUGUUCAGAAUCUAUAAGGAACAUUUCUUUCAAGAGCAUCCUUUCAUUCAUACAGUUUUGUUUGAGGUGUAUUUUGGUGUCAUUGGUAAGGGUGCGGAGCAGUAUCAUCAGAGUGCCAUCAAGUGGUUAAAAGACACAAAGAGUGCAGACAGAUACAUUGAAGGAGUCAUCAAACGCUUCCCAAGAAUCCCCCAGAAACACUGGCCAAAUGCACUGAAUUGCUUAUAUGCUGCUUUGUGUGUCAGUGAAAGUGUUUCUGCUCCGGUAUUCAGUGAUCUUGUGCCAAUUCUAACAAAAAGUCUUCAGCACUCUGGAAAUGCACAAGGAGAAAUAAUAAAUCAUGUGAUUCUUACUAUACUCAAUGUCAUGAUGCAGAAGACAUCUGAGCAGAAACUGGGACUAAACCUUUCUGUCUAUGAGAAGUUGUGCAAAAGUCUAAUGCCUCUCACACGUCCUGAUUAUUCAUGUCUGAUUAGAGUUUGGACCUAUGGACUGUUUGCUUAUAUAUAUGACAUUGCUCCUAAACUUGUAGCAUUGACCUCUGUCCCAGAGAUGAUACUUAACACUGCAGAGAUAGAGAUGGAUGCAGUCAUGAAAAAAAAAUUGCAAAAGUUGGAUGAAUCACUGAGACAUCCAGCGGGUUCGAGUGCAGUGGAUAGUUUAUGUGAGGAGACUGCAGCUCUGUCAAUAAGCAGCAAGAAGAAGAAAAAGAAAAAGAAAAAGAAGAAAAAUAUCCAGCAAGAGGUGGGAUCACAAGAAGGUGAAGGUAAAGAACCUUGUCAAGACACUGUAGUGACAUCCAUUGAGGAAUCAAAUUCCAGUGUGCAGCCAUUCAUACAACCUGAAGAGAGCCCAAAUAUCCCAAGAAGGUGGCAUCAAAUCAGCCGUCGUUGGAGGUCCAAGCUUGAGAAGCUAGCUAACAUUGAUGCUAGCAAAACAUACAGACUGGGAAACCUUAUGCUUGUUCUUGACCAUGAAUUUCUGAUUGCUAAAGGAAGUGAUGGAACGCAGGUUUUCCUUGGUUUGAAGGAUGACGGCACUGAGGUGGCUGUGAAACGAAUGAACAGGUUUAAUUACCAAGACCUUAAAAAUGAGGAGGAAUUUCUACGACUUCCAGAACUUGAGAGUCCCUCCAUUGUGCGAUAUGUGGACUUUGCAGAGGAUAUGCAUUUUGGGUACCUUGUUCUUCAGCUUUGUGAGUACACACUGGAGGAAUAUAUCCAAGAUCACUUACCAGAUGACAGCGCUGAGAGAUCUUUGGUUCUGAAGAAGCUGGUGAAGGAAGUUCUUGACAGCUUACAGGUUUUACACGACCAGCAGACCAAAGUGCUCCAUCGAGACAUCAAACCCCAGAAUGUCCUGAUUGACAUAAAAGGACAAGCCAAAUUGGCUGAUUUUGGCAUAAGUCGUCGACUGAAACAAGGCGAAACCACUUUACGAACAAGCAUUGCUGGAACUAGAUGCUGGAAGGCAAAGGAAACCAUUAAUGAGAAAGUCAACACUGGCUACAAGAGGAGCUACGACAUUCAGGUUGCUGGGAUGUUAAUCUACUACAUUCUCUCUGGAGGACACCAUCCAUUUGGUGAAGCUGUGGAUUGUGAGUACAACAUUUCACGAGGAAGAUACUCACUGGAAGUUCUGGAUGAUGAUGUAGCGAAGGAUCUCGUCGAGUGGAUGAUCAAUGAAAAUCCAAAUGAGAGACCAACUGUGGAGCAAUCCCUCGCACACCCCUUCUUCUGGACUGAUGACACGAGAGUGCGGUAUCUGAAAAUAUUGGGAAAUGAGAAAGAGGCUGAAAACUGCCGUAAAGCAGAUGAGGAGCUCCUUAAUGCCAUUGCAAAAUACAGCGAGGGGAAGAGCUUUUCUGAAUGGAAGAGUAAAUUGCCUUCUGAGCUUGUGGAGAAACUGGACAGUAAGAAGAAAGCCUAUCCUGAGAAUACACUGGGCCUGCUGCGAUUUAUACGCAACCUGCAUGAGCAUUAUAAAGCUGAAGCUGUGAAAAUCAACCUGAUGGCUUUAUUUCCGGAUCUAUUUGGGAGUUUGUACAUUUUUGCUAAAGAGAGAGGAUGGAACUCCAGGGAAAGUGUUCAUAUGGACAUCAAAUCGGCUUCAUGAACGUCAUUGCAACAAAGUGACUAAGCAUAAAUAUUGAACAUUUACACAGGAAAGCUUUUAAGU